CCCUAUCUUGAGGAACCACUCAGAUUCCCGUCACUUCUCAGAAUCCCUUCGUCGUGGCCAUGGCCCUGCCGCCCUUCUUCGCCCCAGGUCGCCCGGGCCCCCCACCCCCGCAGCCGCCGCCUCCCGCUCCCUUCGGCUGUCCGCCCCCGCCGCUACCCUCCUCGGCUUUCCCGCCACCUCUUCCCCAGCGGCCCGGCCCCUUUCCGGGGGCCUCCGCCCCCCCGCUGCGCGCCGAGCUGGCCGAGAGACUGCAGCUGCUGACCCAGGCCGCCUAUGUGGGCGAGGCGCGGCGGAGGCUGGAGAGGGUCCGGCGCCGCAGGCUGCGGCUUCGCGAGAGGGCCCGGGAACGCGAGGCCGAGCGGGAGGCAGAGGCCGCGCGGGCAGCCGAGCGCGAGCAGGAGAUUGACCGCUGGAGGGUCAAGUGCGUGCAGGAGGUGGAGGAGAAGAAACGGGAGCAGGAACUUAAAGCUGCUGCUGAUGGUGUCUUAUCUGAAGUGAGGAAAAAACAAGCAGACACCAAAAGAAUGGUGGACAUUCUUCGGGCCUUGGAAAAAUUGAGGAAACUCAGGAAAGAGGCUGCAGCAAGGAAAGGGGUCUGUCCCCCGGCCUCAGCGGAUGAGACUUUUGAGCAUCACCUUCAGCGACUAAGAAAACUCAUUAAAAAGCGCUCUGAACUGUAUGAAGCUGAAGAGAGAGCCCUCAGAGUUAUGUUGGAAGGAGAACAAGAGGAAGAGAGAAAAAGGGAAUUAGAAAAGAAACAGAGGAAAGAAAAAGAGAAAUUUUUCCUUCAAAAGCGUGAAAUUGAGUCCAAGUUAUUUGGGGAUCCAGAUGAGUUCCCUCUCGCUCACCUCUUGCAGCCUUUCCGGCAGUAUUACCUCCAGGCUGAGCACUCGCUGCCAGCACUCAUCCAGAUAAGGCAUGAUUGGGAUCAGUACCUGGUGCCAUCUGAUCAUCCCAAAGGCAACUCCGUUCCCCAAGGAUGGGUCCUUCCCCCGCUCCCCAGCAACGACAUCUGGGCAACCGCCAUUAAGCUGCAUUAGUAAAGAUGCUCCGGGAGUGUGGUCCAGCCAAGGCUCUUUCCAGCUCUAAAUAUUAGUGAUGCUGCCAUCUUCUUGUGCUGUAGACUAAACCACAACCUUUAAACUCCGUUUGGCAUUGCCCAACCCAGAAGUUACAUUUUCCUUCUGUGCUCUGUCCUGGCCAGAGGUGCCUCUUGAAUCAGGAGAUUAAUAAGUUUCUUCAGGAAAGGACCUAGUUGAACUGGGGUUAUUAUGACAGGCAGUGUGACCCUGGUUCACCGAAUUCGCCUCUGUUUUGAGGGGCUUGGUCCAGAGUGACUUGUAAGUUUAUGCUUAUCUUCCUUGUGUGGUGAUGGGUAAGUACACUCUAUAUACAUAUGCAGUUGACACAGGUGUGCACUGGGCAGAUUUAGCAGGCCUUUCCCUAGUCCUGGUUGUGAAGGCAGGCUUGACGCAAGACCUCCUUACCCUUCCUGCCCAAACAGCCCUGUGACUUCCAGGAAGGGAGGUCAGAAAUGCUUUGUCUUUGGUUUGUGAAUCCCACUUUUGGUGUAGCUGGAGAGGCUGCAGGCUGGGCUGCCGGAAGGGCUGGUGGCCUCGUCUGGUAGUCAUGUGGAGAACCUGGAAAACCUGAAGACUACCUGUACCCAGACUGGAUCGUGCUUUAAUGGAUGAUGGCUGCAUUUUCCCCAUGUUAGAUGGAUCCUGAUGAAAGCACCUGCUUUUUAAGUUCCUAGAGAUCUGGUUGUUCAGAAUCCCCAAGGAUAAAAAUUAAUUUCCCUAUGGGAGUGGGACCUUGAUUAAUCUCACUCAGUCACAUUGUAGGGGCUGGUAUAGUUGUGGAAUUUUUUUUAAAGAACGCAAGCUUCCAAAAAUAUACAUGUAGUUUAAGCUGGGAGAAAGCAGAUAAAAAUAAUAAAAUUUAUUUUUUAUAUUCAUUAAUAAAUACUGUUGCGCCUGGAGCU